AUGAAUAAUUUCACAUUUUCAAAUUCAGCAAAUAACAAUAGAGAUAAUUUAGAAAAAUAUUUAAAUGAUGUGAAAAAGAGAAAAAGACAAGCCAUUUUGAGAGUUUAUUUGGAUUAUCCAAAUUGUUGUCCAGAUGGAACGUAUAACACUGGAGUUCCUUCGUUUUUAUUUCAAGGUCAAAAUUCUGUCACAUUAACACCCUAUUCUCAAUAUGGAGGAGGUCAAUCACCAGAUUAUUCCAACGAAAGAUUAGUGACAGCUCUCGAAGUGUUUAUCCAAAAAUUAGGUCAACAGUACGAUGGAGAUUCAAGAAUUGCAUUCAUUCAAGUUGGACUAUUAGGAUAUUGGGGAGAAUGGCACACCUAUCCAAAUACCAAUCAGAUGGCUCCUCUUUCGACACGAUGGAGAAUUCGAUGCAAUACUUGUCCUCCUUUAGGGAGUGGAUCUACGAAUAAUUUAUGUGAUGUUUCUGUGACUUCUCCUCCAUAUCCAACUGUUGCAUUUCCAUCGAUUGGAUUCCAUGACGAUGCAUUUACCGACGCUACCUACAGUUCAACCAGUCCUCAAGAUUACUUCUUUUACAAUCGAUUACAAUCGAGAAUUCCAGACUUGAACAAAUUUUUGACACAAGAUCCCACAAAUGGAAAAGUUGGAGCAGUCAUUGGCGGAGAGUUGUAUCCAAACAAUCAAGCGAGUAUUUUCAAAUCAACUUGGACAGGACAAGAUUUUAAGGAGUGUGUUCAGAGGACCAAUUUGACUUUACAGAAUAUUGGAAGUGUUCCGUUUCCUUAUCCAAACAUUACACUUUUGGUUUCACUGAGAAAUGGAACUUUGACAAGUGACACCAUAUUGGCUUCUCAGAGUGUGAAUAUCGUUGGGGUGACUCCAAGCAAUGGCGCUCAAACAUUUUCAUUGAAUUUCAAAUGGUCUGCAUCGUAUGGAGUGAAAUAUUCACCUCAAGUACUAUUGAGCCUUCAAAGUAAGCAUGUCCCAUCAGAAAUUCCAAUUUCUUUUGCUGUGAAGGGAGCUCCCACCGAUGGCUCUCCAUUCCUUGCAUUGGAAAAUCAAGUACAAGUCUCCUCAAACACUCCAGAGCCAUCCACGAGCUCUACUCAGCCAAAGACCUCUCCUAAGGUUUCUCCAAAGACUUCUCCAAAAUCUUCAAGAGGAUUCAAUAAUGGACAGGCAUCGCUUGCGAUGAGUGUGUUUGGUCCACACAAAGAGAAUUGGAUUGUGGAUGCACUGUGUGCCAUGCUCUUCAUGUUCCUAGUUCGGCUGGUAUGA